AUGCGUGAGAUCAGCCGCCUGUGUUCCCACUUUCUAGAGACCGCGAGUGACAGCUCGGCCGUUGGAGACGCGGAGGCAGCCAAGGUCGACAGUCUCUAUGACGAUAUUGUCCUGGAGAACAAACCCCAGGUAGAGCUUGAUUGUCAGAGGAUCAUGAAGGAUUCCAGUGUGCAAUGUUUGGCUGUCAAUGGGUACUCGUUUAACCCUGUACCACUUUGUCUCCGCUGUCAGCGUAUCUACUCAGGAUGGAAGCAUUGGAAAGACCACCGAGCACGAUCAAAGACGACAAAGGACGCACAGGAGAAGAUCGAGUACACCUCAGCGCAAAUGGAGUCCGCAGCAGUCACAAAAUCCCACGCGGACGUUUCCUACUGCACCGAGUCAGUCGCUGCCGCGAAACUUUACUCACUGCGCACUGAGAAGCUGGUUCUUCAGUGA